AUGGCAUCUUAUCAACUAGCCAGAAUGGCUGCCGCAUCACCGUUCGAACUGCUCGCAGACGAUCUUCUCUCCAUCAUCCUCCAUCUCGUCACUCGGUCUGACGGUCAGUUCCAGCACGCACUUGUGUGCAAGAAAUGGCAUCGCAUCGCCCGUAGCGUGCACGAGCACAUCCAUCUUCGCGAAGAGCGUCGCAUGCGUCCUCGCGAGCUGCUCGCGCACCUCUCGUCAUUCCCAAGGCUCCGAAAGCUCGUCUUCGCCAACGGCAGCAUCACGUCCGUCCCUGACUCCCUCCUCUCGGGGAUCGCCGACACGUGUCCAAAUCUGACGGAACUCCACGUCGAUACCAUGGAUCGACGGUACAGACGCGGGGGUUUUACUGAGAACGGGCUUUCGUAUCUCUUUGGAAAGUGCACACGGCUGGAGGGGCUUCAUCUUGAUUGUCAGUCAAAUCUGACCGCUAUUCCCGUUUCAAUCGGCGGCCUUGCGUCACUCAAGAGCCUGCACAUCACCGACAGGGGGAGAAUUACUCUCCUUCCAAACGCGUUCACCUCGUUACAAGCACUCGCGCAUCUCGUGAUUGAAAUGCUCGCCCUGGAUGAACUGCCUCAGCACUUCGGCAAUCUGAGGCUGCUCAAGUCGCUCCGGCUGAAUAGAUGCACACGUCUCCGCUCCGUUCCCGAUUCUUUCGGGCAGCUUACCAACUUGACGCAUCUUUUCAUCAACGGCUGUGAGUUAGGGUUUCAUCUGCCCGAGUCCAUCUCCAACCUUUCAUCCCUGCUGACUCUCAAGAUUUCCAACUGCGAACACCUUUCGCCGCUGCCCGAGAGUUUGGGUAACCUGCCGGCGCUUGAAACCCUUCGUCUGGAGGCCGUGGGGGGAAUUACCAGCCUUCCCGCCAGUCUCGGGCAGCUGCAGCGGCUGCGGCUCCUUUCCGUAAUCUACUGUCGCGAUAUGGACUCUAUCCCUACCUCCCUUUCCCACCUGCCUUCUCUCACGGACCUUAUCCUCCUCAACCUUCACUUCCAGCAUCUGCCUGUCGAUCUCGCUCUUCUCCCACGCCUACGCACGCUCAGGCUAGACGUUGGGAUUGCCGUGCACCUGCAACCCUCCGAAUACCUUGCCACGACACUCAAGGACCUCACGCUUCAAAGGGCUGGAACUCUACAUUCUCUGCCCGAGGAAUUCGGGCAGCUGAUUGCUCUGGAGUCACUGUGCUUGGUUAAGCUUCCGCAGCUCAGCAGCCUGCCAGCAGCCCUUGGCAAUCUGACGAGCCUCAAGGAGCUGAAAAUAGACACAUGCAGCCGGUUGACUCAGCUUCCAGAGUCCCUCACUCUGCUUUCUUCCCUCGAGCUACUGGAAAUCAGUCACUGCAGCAAGCUGACGGAGCUACCGCAGGGCAUGGGGGAUGGUCUGCAUAGCCUGCGCGCACUGAUUCUCCUCGCGUGCACGGCUCUCACCCACCUCCCUUCAUCCUUUUCCAACCUCUCCUCCCUCGAAACCCUGAACAUCUGCCAUGCACAAAGCUUACUAGACGCGCUACCAGACUGGUUCUCCCACAUGACAAGCCUCAAGGACCUCUCUCUCUCCUCCCUGCCACACCUGCCCGCCCUGCCCGCCUCCCUCCCUGCCAUCGCCCGCACUCUCACCAGCCUCGUGGUCAUCAGAUGCACGCGAAUCGAGGCGCUGCCAGAGGAAAUCGGACGGCUGGGAUCGCUUGAAACACUCCAUCUCUGCGAUCUGCCCAAUUUGCAAUCGCUCCCUCGCUCACUGUGGCAGCUGCAGCGGUUGAACUCUCUGGAAUUGAGUUGCUGCAGCGCGCUGGAGUCGCUGUUUGGGGAUGAGGAGACGGAGGAUGCAUACACGGGAGCUGCCAGGCACGAGGUUGGGGGGAGAAUCACUCACCUCCACUUACCCUGUCACACCGGUAGCAGCAGUGCCGCUGGCAGCUGUGGGGGAUCCGAGGAGAGUGGCAAGAGACUGUUGCUGCCAUCCCUUGGCCACCUUAAGAUCGAGAAUCUUCCCCUGCAGCUGCUCGGUCCAUCGCUGGGCUGCUUCCUGUCGCUAACCAAGCUGGAAAUUCUGCAAGUGGAUCGGCUCCGCUCGCUCCCAGACUCCAUCUCUCUUCUCUCUCGCUUGCAGUCACUGGCGAUCAUGGUUGCCGAAAGCCUGGUAGCUCUGCCCGAGUCAAUAGGAAAGCUCUCAGCUCUCACAUCCCUCCACCUUGACUGUCUCCUGAGCUUGACUGCUCUGCCCGAGUCGUUCGGGCAGCUGAAGAGGCUUCAGUCUUUAGAAAUUCACAACAGCCCGGGCCUAACCAGGCUGCCCGAGUCCUUCCCUGAUAUCUGCCGGCUGGAGUCGUGUUCGUUGUCCGAUGUCAGCAUUUCGUGCCUUCCAGAUGACUUCUGGAAGCUCUCUGCUUUGAAGAAACUAACUUUACAGUCGCUGCUCGAGCUCUCCAGCCUGCCCAAAACUUUUUCGCAGCUGCCCGGACUGGAGGAAUUGAGCCUGUUCCAUUGCAUGCUGCUGGCUCAGUUACCCUCGGGCCUGCAGCAGAUGGGGAAGCUGCUGGCAUGCGUUGUCAGUAACUGCCCGCUGCUGUCGGUAGUAGGGAGGGUGGUCUUUCCACCGCUCUCCCUCUCCCCCAAUCUCCUCCUCCGCGCUCCCUUCCGCUCUGCCCUCUCCCGCGAUGACAUGUCAGCAGCCAUCUUCACCGGCUUCGCUUUCAACGCGCCAGGUGGUGCUGCUGAGGUGGCGACUCUCGGCGCCACGCUGUCAGUCGCCUUCGAUGAGCUGGCAUCCGACCUGGGCUUCGGAGCGAGACCCUGUGCGGACAGGAGUGGUACUGGUGGUGGGGGGGAUGGCACUGGUGCGGUUACCAAUGCGGCCGGCGGUGGUGCGGGCAGGAGUGGUGCCGGUGCUUCGGGCUGCAGUGGUGCUAUUAGUGCGGGCUGCAGUGGUGCUAUCAGUGUGGGCUGCAGUGGUGCUAUUAGUGUGGGCUGCAGUGGUGCUAUUAGUGUGGGCUGCAGAAGUGCUAUUAUGUGGGCUGCAGAAGUGCCCGUCGCGUGCGAGGCAGAGGUGCCAGUAGUGCGGGAGGUAAUGGUGGUGGAAGUGCAGGCGGGAAUGGUGCGGGUGGUGCGGGCUGCAGUGGUGCUAUUAGUGCGGGCUGCAGUGGUGCUAUUAAUGUGUGCAGGCAGGAAAAGUGCGGGUGGUGCGGGUGGUGGUGGCGCCUGUAAUGCGGGUGGCGGUAGAAUUGGCAGCAGGGGUGCUGGUAACACGGGUGGCAGUACGUGGGGUAAUGCGGGUGGCAGUGGUGGCAGUACUGUAGCCCGCAAUGGGGCGGGUGGCGAUGGUGCCUGUAGUGCCGGCGGCAGUGGUGACAGCGGUGGUGGUGGUGCCGGUUGUGGUGGUGGUGUGAGGUGCCAUAGCGGAUCGGGUGGCAGCACGGGAAGCAACUCGAGUGGUGAUGCACGGAGCAGUCACAGCUGUGGCGCGAGUGGCAGCAGCUGA